CAGGACAUCACCAGAACCCAUCAUCCCUCCCCUUGGACAAACGUUUUCUUUCAGUGAGGAUAAGAACAAAUUUAAGAAGAAAUCUUGAUUGGAUUUUUCUUUUGUUGGAAAGGAUUUACAGCCUCAUCUAAAUCAGGGCCCUUUGAGUGAUUAGACUGCCAGGAUACGCACCUUAAAGAUGGUACGUCACUGCAAGUCCUUUGUCCUUUUCCUAAUAAGGAUUGGGCUGCUGCUGGGUCUAGCGAACCCCUUGGUCACCUCUGCCUCGUGCCCCUCAGCUUGUCGUUGUGAUGGGACCUUCAUAUACUGUAAUGACCGAGGCUUGACUUCCAUACCUACAGGGAUGCCUCUGGAUGCUACAGUGCUCUUUCUGCAAAAUAACCGCAUCAAGAGUUCAGGCAUCCCCACAGAGCUCCGCGGACUGGUAAAUGUGGAGAAGAUCUAUCUUUACUGCAACAAUCUGGAUGAAUUCCCAACUAAUCUUCCACUCGGACUAAAAGAGCUCCACCUGCAGGAGAAUAAUGUCCGAAUGAUAACCCAUUCCUCAUUAGCUCAGAUUCCUUACAUUGAGGAACUUCAUCUGGAUGACAACUCUGUGUCAGCAGUCAGCAUAGAAGAGGGGGCUUUCAGGGACAGUAAUCACUUGAGACUGCUUUUUCUCUCCAGAAACCAUCUGAGUACCAUCCCAAUAGGCCUACCCAUGAGCAUUGAGGAGCUUCGCUUUGACGAUAACCGCAUCUCGUCCAUCUCAGAGCAAUCGUUACAAGAUCUCAUCAAUCUGAAACGACUAAUCUUAGAUGGCAACCUUCUGAACAACCGUGGGAUUGGAGAAAUGGCUUUCAUCAACUUGAUCAACUUGACUGAGCUGUCACUGGUGAGAAACUCCUUGACUUCACCGCCGGCAAACCUCCCAGGCACCAGUUUGGAAAAACUGCACCUACAAGAUAAUCACAUAAACCGGGUGCCAUCUGGGGCUUUUGCCUACCUUAGGCAGCUGUAUCGCCUGGACCUAUCUGGUAACAACCUAAGUAGCCUCCCACAGGGUGUAUUUGAAGAUUUGGACAAUCUUACACAUCUUCUGCUGAGAAACAACCCGUGGCAGUGCACUUGCAGGAUGAAAUGGGUGCGGGACUGGUUGAGGUCACUACCAACAAAAGUGAAUGUACGUGGUUUCAUGUGCCAGGGACCAGAUAAAGUCAAAGGCAUGGCUAUUAAAGAUCUGACCACAGAUAUGUUUGACUGUGCUGAUUCAGAACUGUUCUCCACAUAUGAGACAAGCACAGUCUCCAACAAUUUACGCCCAUCACAGCCCCAGUGGCCAUCGUUUGUCACCAGAAGGCCUGUGGUGAAAGGGCAUGACAUCAGUAAGAAUUACCACAGUACUACCAGCUCUUCAGGCAGAAAGAUCAUCACCAUCAGUGUGAAAUCAAGUAGUGCAGAUGCAAUUCAUAUAUCAUGGAGAGUGUCACAACCCAUGACUGCCCUGCGGCUCAGCUGGCUAAAGCUGGGACACAGCCCUGCCUUCGGCUCCAUAACUGAAACCAUUGUGCAGGGAGAGAGGACAGAGUAUCUCCUCACUGCACUGGAGCCAGACUCUGCCUAUAGGAUAUGCAUGGUUCCCAUGGAGACCAGCAAUAUUUACCUGUCAGAUGAGACCCCCGUUUGCAUCGAGACAGAGACCGGGCCUCACAAAUCCUACCAACCAACUACAACUUUAAAUAGAGAGCAGGAAAAAGAGCCUUAUAAAAAUUCCAGUCUGCCUUUGGCUGCCAUUAUCGGAGGGGCUGUGGCUCUUUUGGCAAUAAUCAUGCUGGCACUGGUGUGCUGGUAUGUCCACAGGAAUGGGUCACUUUUUUCCAGGAACUGCACCUACAACAAAGGUCGACGGAGAAAGGAUGACUACGCUGAGGCUGGCACCAAGAAGGACAAUUCCAUUCUGGAGAUAAGAGAAACUUCUUUUCAAAUGAUACCUAUAAAUCAUCUGCCCGUGUCCAAGGAGGAGUUUGUGAUACACACAAUUUUCCCACCAAAUGGCUUAAGUUUAUACAAAAGUCCACACAAUGAGAACAGCAUUAACAACAGGAGCUACAGAGACAGUGGAAUACCAGAUUCAGAUCAUUCCCAUUCAUGAUGAUGCACACAGACAUCCAAGAGCAGUGUGUGACAAAAACAGAGCGGCAAGACUUUUACAAAACACUGGAUAUAUGAGACUAAGGGAGCAAUGUUCUGUACAUUUGCCAUAUAAUUUAUAUUUAAGGACAUUUUAUGAAGACUGAGAAGAUUCCAAUUGCAGGCUGUCACUGAACUAUCAAAUGCAAUUCUAUAUUUUAGGGAUUUGUAGUAAUUUGUACUGUAUUUCCUUUGCUUAAGGUUACCAACCGACUAAAGAAACUCUGUGUUCUAUUAAGAUAUGAUGACUUGUCAACUGUGAAAGUGGGUUUUCAUUGCUGUGUUGAACAAUCAGACUUUAGGAAACCUUGUAAUAUAAGCACAGGUCAUUAUUUUAACUUUGUGGCUGUUAGAAAAACAAAAAGGCAAAAAAAUGACAAGGCAAGUAUUGUAAGGCACAGAUCGACCAAUUCACCAAGCAGGCACGUUAAAGCAUCUUAAAGAAUGAGCAGAGACUAGCUGUCUCAACUUCCUAUGGACCAAGAAUUUUACUCAAGUAUUCACCUAAUGUGUGGUUAUGAAUAACUAAAAAUGAGGUGCCAUGAUGUUAUUAUUUCUGCUUUGCUGGGUGUGUUAUUUUUGCUUUGUUUUACAGGUAGACAAAACACAGCAAAGCAGGGUUCCAAUGUAUCUAAUAGGAUUGUAGGCCACAGCACAGGGCAUAAAGCACACCAACCUUAACUAAGUAGACAUGUCUGGCUGACACAUAGGACCCCCCACUACCACCUACUCUAUUUGUAGAAUGGCCAAAUGACAAUGGCGGCAUUCUUUAGUACCAUGUACCAUACGUCAUUCUAGUCUACAGGCCAAAAAAGCCCCAUCUUGUUGGCUUUCAUACAAAUUACCACCGUGUCAGCAACUCCUUAAUCCCCCAUGAGUAUUAUGUUCAUAUUAUUUUCCAAAUGGACACUUGUUUUGUUGCCACAAUUUGAAGUUAACGGUUCUUUACAAUUGAAAAACCAAAGUGCAUUUUAUGCCCUUUGGCCAGUCUUGUAUGUGCCUUGAUCUAAUGCUUAUUGUAUUUAGCUUUUUAAGAAAUCAGUGACUUUUUUUCAUACACACUUGAAUAUGAGAAAUAUUGGUCAUAUUAAAAAAUAAAAGUGGACAAAAACAA